UAUAUUCUGUUACAUUUGUCCAAACAGGAGCACAUUCUCCUGAGCAGGAGGUCAUCAUGGAGAAACUCUGGUGCACAGUUUGUGUAUUGAUUUUUGCGUUUGGUGCACUGGUGCACUUUGACACUGUUUUUGCUGGAGAAGCUAAAGGCAACUUAACAGUGAUUCUCCCAAAACCAGGCCAGUGCCCACGUCGCCUUAAUGUUGUCCCGUCACAUAAGGGGUGUGUGUGUGAUGAAGACUGUCCUGCAGACCACAAAUGCUGUGUCUUUGACUGUGGAGCUGUCUGUGUCCCUCCUGCUUUCACAAAGCCAGGAGUGUGUCCUCGCCGGCACUGGGGCGUCGGAGUGUGUGCUGAGUUCUGCUCCAAUGACAGCGACUGCCCCAGUGAUGAGAAGUGCUGCAGCAAUGGAUGUGGGCAUGACUGCAUGGCGCCGUACAUAGUGAAGAAAGGUCGCUGCCCUCUGCCCCCGGCCACCCCCAUGUGUGCAGAGUACUGCUAUCAUGAUGGCCAGUGUCCAGGAGAGCAGAAGUGCUGCAGGACAACCUGUGGUCACGCCUGCAGUGAGCCGUGCUGAUCGGACCGUCAGCCGAGCUACAUCCUCGGGUGCACUUGUUUGGAUUCUUGGGCAUAAAUGUUGCAUAAAUUGCUCAUUUAUAACCAUUUUCCCACUUGAUCAGCUCCAUAGUAGUACAGCUUUUGAGCACGGGUUUGCACAAACUUGAUUCUCUGGGGAGGCAGGAUGUUAUUUCCUUUAGUAUGAUUAACAAAUAUUGUGUUUAGCUUUGAAACACUUUCUGCAUGCAAGCCAAUCUGACAAACCUUUCUCAUCAGGAGAAGGCAGUUUAUGUCUAUGUAUGUAUCUUUACUUUAAAAAUUCAGACGUACUUUGAUGUUAAUAACACAUGUCAAGUAGCAAUAUUUCUGUAUAAGUUGUAGUAGUGUAGGUUUCUGGAAAAUAAAUAAUAAAUAUAUCUUAUAUCCAGUA